GAUCAAAGCGGAAAUAGUUGGGGCGGGUGGCGAGCGACGGCAUGUCUCGCGCUCCCCUCAGGAAGGCUCAUUCUGCCCCUCAUCCGCCUCAUGGUUCAGUCUGCGUUGUACCCUCAUAGCUACAGGCAGCCUUUCUAGCCGCUCUCUGAGGUGACAAGGCGCCGUUUUCUGUAGAGUAUGAAGGUGCCACCGCUGAACUUGACUCCAGAUAUAAACCGGGUGGGAAUGGCGUUGCCGUUCAGUCCCGACUUGCUCUGGCGGUACCCACUGUCUCUGCCGCAGUCCGCGUCGCCAUCUUCCCCGAUGCUUGACGUGAAGAACCAGAUGCCCACACACCUCGCAGCCGACCCUCGUAUGUGGUCGCGCGAGGAUGUGGCCGCUUUCCUGAGGUGGUUCGAGAGAGAAUUCGAACUGCCCACCAUCGACCUGUCCAAAUUCUGCAUGAAUGGAAAAGCACUCUGUAUGCUGAACAAGUCCGACCUGGCCGACCGCGCUCCAGGGGCGGGCGACAUCCUGCACAACACACUGCAGUUCCUCCUGCGGGAUGCCCCCCAGGUCCCGCAGUCCCCCAUCACCCCGCACCACCCCCUCCUGUCGCCGUCCCCCCUCACCCCCACCCCGGUCCAGCCGUGGUCCAUCAUGAACCCCGACAUCCACAACUUCAGCCACUUCCUCCACCAGGGCGGCUCCGUCACGCUCAGCCCCGCGCCCUCCGAGCAGAGCGGGGGCUCGCCGCGCCACCCCGACACCGCCUCCUCCACCUCGUCCACCUCCACCGCGGCCUACCACCACUCCUCGGCCGCCUCCACAGGCUCAGCACAUUCCGGGAGUCAGUCGGACUCCGAGGACUCCACGCGGGAUCCCCCCCACGCCCUCGCCUCCCUCAAGCACCUGAGUGACUACCAGCGGGCCGCCGCCGCCGCCGCAGCCGCAGCCGCCCAGAGCGUCUCUUCCCACCAGGAGUCUCUCCAGCAACAUUCUCAGCACCAACAGCACUCACAGCACCAGCCGCAGUCACACCCGCAGCCGCAGCAGCCGCAGGGAGGCCAGACCGGACCCAACGAGGAGCCCGUGGAGACCGGCACGAACGGGCGGCUGCUGUGGGACUUCCUGCAGCAGCUGCUGAACGACUCCCAGCAGCGGUACUCGCGCUACAUCGCGUGGAAGAACCGCGAGACGGGCGUGUUCAAGAUCGUGGACCCGCCCGGCCUGGCCCGCCUCUGGGGCAUCCAGAAGAACCACCUGAGCAUGAACUACGACAAGAUGUCCCGCGCCCUCAGGUACUACUACCGCGUCAACAUCCUGCGGAAGGUGCAGGGCGAGCGCCACUGCUACCAGUUCCUGCGCAAUCCCUCCGAGCUGAAGAGCAUCAAGAACAUCAGCAUGCUGCGCACCACGCCCCUGCAGUCGCCGCGCGCCAAGGACGCCCCCACGCCCGUCCAGCCCGCGCCCAUGGAGGAGGAGGAGGGCCCCACCGACCUGUCCAUGUCGUCCCUCCACCACCAGUACCACGCGCCCCCGCCCGCGCCCAUGGAGACCACGCAGGUGCAGGACCUGAGUCGGGAGGCGCACAACCUCUCCGUCAGCAUCAAGAGCGAAGAGUACCUGGAACAGAGUUACGAGUAACCGCCCUCCCAGACCCUCCUGGUCAACCCGACCCGCCCGACCCGACCUAACCCGCUGCUCCCAUGACGGGUCCACACUGCCAUGAGGCGCCAGGGUCAGGUCUGCCAGCCUCAGUCCGUGCCCUCCGGCCGUUGCUGUGACGGCGACGCUCGCGCCGGUGGCGCCGGAGUGCUGUGGCUGUGAGGGCGGUGCUGGUGCGCCGCCCAGGGCAUUGUUGGAGCAUGGCCUUCCCAUGGUGCCGCCCAGGCCCAUGGGACCUCCAGGGGUGGCCGCCCCACCCAGGGGACGGGUCGCUGGCCGCCGGCUCCGUGCCUUGCUCAGGUGGGCAGCGUGGCGAGGGCCCCAGAGGCGCUCCGUCUGCCCGCCGUCUACACUGUGGCUUGCUGUGAUAACAGAUGUACACUCCCUCUUUAACUCCCAAACUCCAGGCUAGAACUCAGUCUAACUGCCAUUCAACUCCCAUAUGUACAAAGGCAUCUAAACUAAGAUUUUGUCCAGUAGUGUUUGUACCAGUGGCGCUCCGGCACCAUGGUGAGUGCUGGUGUGUGAUAGCGGCGUAAGGACAGCCGGGCCCGGAAGCUUCUUGCUGUACAGUUCCUGGCACGUAUGGCGUCGUGGUGUACUCGCGUAGUGUUCACUUCUCUUAUAGCUGUUGUGAUAAAACACCAUUCCGAACUCUGUGUAGGCUUGCUCAUUCAAGCAGCAGCGUGUGUGUAUGGGUAUCUGAGCCUGGACUUUCACCCUUAUUCUCCCUGGGAAUACGAGCGAAGGUCUCAGGUCGUAAUUGGGAAGUAGAGUUGCCAGAUAUCACUAGAAGCUCCUCGGGUCUGGUCAGAUAGACGCCACGGAUAUGUGUAGAUUUCAUGUGUAAUGUGUUUUUGUCUUUCAAAUCAAUUGAUCACUUAUGAUUUUUACGUGUUUUCAGAACCCAAGAUUACAAAUUGUACACCUCACAUGUUCUUUACUACACCAUGUGCAUAUAGAUAUAUAUUAUAAUUCUGUAUAAAGUUGUAUUUAUAAAAUAAACUUGUUUUGUACAUACAAAGUGUCUUUAAGGAACCUGCAUAUUUUGUUCACAUAGAAAGUAUAAAUAAGAAUGUCAUUGAUUAAGAAUUAAAGACUUAACAAAA